AUUUGAGGGGACGAUAUUUAGAAACAUGCUAAAACUUUGUACUCGUUUCAUUUUAUUUAAUGUUCUAUAUUCAUAGAACCACAAACGUUUCUUGUUUAUUCAUGUACUGCAAAUAUUGCCUUCUCAGUUCUCGCUACAAAUAUUCAAGGUGUACUCGUAGCAUUAAGUUCAAAGUACGGCCGACUAAAGAGGCGCGCAGUCUCGAUUAAUUGAAUGUUGCGUUGGAUGUAUGCGUGAGAUACGAGGAGCCUUUAUUUUAGUGAGGAAUCAAACCGAAAUCCCUGGCCAGUUGGUUUAUAUAUAAAUUGACCGUCUUGAUUUCCUUUAAUUUCUCAUAUAUAUAUACUUUGUUCUUCUGUGAACACAGAAUCUCCUUUCCCCCAUUUGGAUAUGGAGAGUGUGCUCUCAACUGAUAGGUUUAGCGAUUUGCCGGACUCAGUCAUAACUCACAUCCUCUCUUUUCUCCGCACGAAGGUCUCCGUAAGAACCAGCAUUUUAGCUAGAAGAUGGAGGUAUCUCUGGUCUUAUGUCCCCACAUUAAAUUUCAAAUUCAGUGUAUAUGAAGUAACUCACUGUGUGAAUCAAGACACUCUCAAUAGGGUUAUGUUACAAUAUAAAGCGGAAAUCAUGAAUAGUUUUUCCCUAUAUUGUGAGUUUAACACCAGCGCCUAUCAACUCGAGACAUGGGUCAUCUUUGCCGUUAAGCGCCAUGUGCAAAAACUUAAUCGUAGUUUUAGUUUUGGAGUUGAUUUGCCUCCAUGCAUCUUCACAUGCAAAACCCUAGUUGAUUUGCGUGUCGAUUUUAAUGGAGUCACCCCCCCUACGAGUGGCCCCGUGUGCUUGCCUUGCCUUAAGAAGCUUCACCUAUGCUGCAGUAGUCAAUACGAGCCCGACGAGUACCUUCCCCACAUUCUUUCAGGCUGCCCAGUGCUUGAAGAGUUGACAAUUAAUAUAUUCACAGUAUUCGUUUCGUGCACUAUAUCUUCACCAAUAAUAAAGAGUCUCACGGUAGAUUUUGAUUAUAAGACCAGCUCCAAAUCUAAUUACAAUCAUGACUACAAGCUGGUGAUAAAUACUCCAGCGCUUACGUAUCUAAAUGUGGUUGAUUGGUCGUGUCAGAGUAUCAAAUCUGGUUCGCUAACCUCCUUAAUUGAAGCAGAUAUCGAACUUCAAAAUAGUGACGAGAUGCAUGAUCAUUUUCUUUACUCGCGAUCACUUGUGGAAUUUAUUGACAUGCUCCGCAAUGUCAAGCGCCUAAGAUUAAACUUACAAUGUUAUCCAGAGGUUCUGUCUUCAUCUCAUUGAGCGUUUUUUUUUCUUUUUUUUUUUUUUUUACUGUUAAUUAGCAAGUAAUCUUAUACUGUAUUUGAAUUUUUCUGCAGAUUAUUAGUUCAGUAUUCUCUGCAUCGAUGGCUAUAAGAUUUCGUAACUUGAUCAAACUCGAAUUGACUGGUCAUUCUUGGUUUCUCUCAAAAUUCCUUCAGAAUGCUGAUAAUCUCGAAAUCCUUAUUCUCAAGGAGGUUUGUUGAUCAAAUGAAGUUUUUAGCUUUCACUUUUAUAUCUUCUUUACU